GGCUGAAGGGCUGGUUACUGAAGACACCCUCAAACCAUCAGUAAGGGAGCCCUAAGCCUUUAGCCUGUUGGUCUGACGGGAGCCCUCGCAGUGACAAGUUAGAGGAGAGGACUUCAGCUCUGAGAAGCAGCAUUUCCUGGCGAUGGAUUGCGUGGGUCAUCUUGGUUCGCACAUAAACAGCAGGCUGCCCUUCAGAUGCAGCUAGGUGCUCUUAUCAGCCGCCUGCAGCAUGACGGGGGAGAUAGUCUAUGCUGAUCUGAACCUCCCCUCCGAAUGGCCCUGCCUGAGGCCUCCCCAGGCGUCUCAGCACCUCGAUCUCCCCCUGCAGCCUCAGUGGCAACGGGUCGCUCUCUGGGUCGGAUGGGUCACAAAUGUCAUUCUUGGGGCAGCUGUGAUUGCGCUGGGGAUUUGGGUUUUCCAGCUGGUGUCUGAGAGAGGCCAGCCCCUGGCAGCCCCUGGUGGAGAUUGUUCUGGGAACAGAAACACCUGCGAAGCCAAAUGCAGCACCUGUCUAGAGGAUUUCCGAUCUCAGCUGAAAGGAAGCUUGUGUCAUCCAAACCAACACGGCUCAGCAAAGGGCUCUGGGUGCAAACUCUGCCCCGCGACCUGGCUGCUGCAUAGGGACAAGUGCUAUUGGGUCUCUGGAAAAAUGAAACCGUGGAAUGAGAGCCGUGAUGACUGUUCCGCGAAGCACUCUCAGCUGCUGGUGAUCCGGGACGGGGAGGAGCUGGAGUUCAUAAAGAAUAGUACACAAGGUUCAACUUUUGUUUGGAUUGGACUUUCUCUCUCAUCCCUGGGGAAGACCUGGAUCUGGCUGAAUGGCUCCCAGUUAAAUCACACUCUAUUCCCAUUACCAGUUCAAGACAACGGAAAUAGCUGUGGGGCAGUGAAGGGGAAUCAGAUUCAGUCUGACACCUGUGCCACUGAAUAUGAAUGGGUUUGUCAACGAGAGGCUGUUCUGAUAUGAACAGGGGAACUAGUGGCAUUUUUAUGAUG